AUGGCCGGCACUUUUCCACAAAGUAUUCCUCGUCCUUUUACUUCCCCCGGUCGAACAAAUUCUUCGACUCUUUCACCUGCUGCUCGGUUCUACGGAUACCAGACCGACCAGACCGACCAGGAUAACGAAGACGAGGUCGGCUUGACGACAAAUAAUACAGCUGCUCAUCAGAGCCUUGCACAACAGCCUGCCGGAUCACAGGGAAUAUCAAGAACGACAGCGACAGAAGCUUCUUCUACUCCUUCUACUGACCUCGGUCUGCCACGUAACUACACCGUCUCAGGACUUGCCCCACAACAGCAGUCGUCGCCGUAUAUUCAGUACCUCUACGGCACACUGAAUCGAGGCCAGGGCUACAGUACAACAAAUUCAGCAAGGACCUCAUAUACAAGGGUAGAUACUACGGCUAUGGGAGAUAGUCCGGACAUUGAGGCUGGCAUUGAAGCACAAGACGGAAACGGUGAAGGAACAACACCUUCCGUUACUGCCGAUAUUGCUGCAGAAGGUCAAAUCCAAGCAAUCCCACAGGCGCCUAUUGUUUCCGUCUGCUUCCUAAUGAUUUCUGGGAAGCGGAGAGUGAUGACUUUUGAGCCGGAAACGACCGUGGGCAGGGUUAAGGAGCUGGUCUGGAAUACAUGGCCAUCGGGGCCAGAUUGGCAAGAGGAACGGCCAUCCACCCCAUCCCAUCUUAGGAUCCUGCAUCUAGGCAAAGUUUUGCAAGACGAAGAUACACUAGAGGCAUGUGAUUUUCCAAUCCAUACCCCUACUUCCUCAUCCUCGCUUUCCAUUACUCCGCAUCCGCCAACCAUUGUCCAUCUUGCCAUUCGACCCACAGUCCCUGGGUUGAACAAUUCCGGAGAUCGCGGGGACGAGAAAAAGAAGAACAAAGGCACCAGGACGAGACUGGUUGCCCGAUUCAGCUCGGUCUUAGCGAGCCCUGAUGAUGUUGACGAAGCAUCCUCAACGCCGAUUCAUGGAACCGCAGCUAACGCAGAAGUCUCAUCAACCUCUCAGCAAAGGGAGGAUGACUCGCAUGGUUGCACUUGCUGUAUCAUCUGCUGA